CCCGCAAGCGCCGCCAUGCUCCGCUCUGCCCUCCUCCUCGUCGCCGCCGCUGCAGCCUCAGCCUUCGCUCCUUCCUCUGUCCCUGCCAGAGGACUGCAGUUGAAGUCUUCCUCCUUCUGCCCGGCCGCCCCCAUGCAGGCUGCCCGCCCAGCGAACAAGGCUGCUCUCCGCAUGGGCCUUGAGGACAUCACUGACACUAGCAGCCUUGGUACCUUGAAAUGGUUUGGAUUUUUCGGAGCUUCCUUUGUCCCCUCCUUCUUCCUUGCCGGAUACUUCCUCGGAGGAAUCUACCCUGGAAUGAUCGCUGACCCCAACACCCCCGAGCCCAGCUGGUGGCCAACUGCCAUGCAGUACUCCCACGGAGUGAACAAGGGAACUCUCGCUACCAACGUCGCUAAGGUUCAGGCCAAGGAGGCUGAGCUCAAGGCCGCUAAGGAGAAGGCUGCUGCUGCCAAGAAGGCAGCCAAGGCUGCGGCUAAGGCUGCCAAGGAGGCUGCCAAGGCCCAGUAAAUUAUUCGAUUCUAGAUUUAGUUGAGGAUACAGGGCGAUGAAUAAAGAUCAGUGAUGUAUCAACG